GUUUCCCAAGAUGGCGGCCGACGUGUCCGUUACUCACCGGCCCCCGCUGAGCCCGGAGGCUGGGGCCGAGGUGGAAGUCGGCGAUGCCGCGGAGCGCCGGGCACCCGAAGAAGAGUUGCCGCCCCUGGAUCCCGAAGAGAUCCGGAGACGUCUGGAACACACCGAGCGCCAGUUCCGUAACCGCCGCAAGAUACUGAUCCGGGGCCUCCCUGGGGACGUGACCAACCAGGAAGUGCACGACCUUCUCAGCGACUAUGAGCUCAAGUACUGUUUUGUGGACAAAUACAAAGGGACAGCCUUCGUGACCUUGCUGAAUGGGGAGCAGGCAGAAGCAGCCAUCACCGCGUUCCACCACAGCCGCCUGCGGGAGCGCGAGCUGUCGGUGCAGCUGCAGCCCACCGACGCCCUGCUGUGCGUGGCCAACCUGCCCCCCAGCCUCACGCAGGCGCAGUUCGAGGAGCUGGUGCGGCCCUUCGGGAGCCUGGAGCGCUGCUUCCUGGUUUACAGCAAGUGCAGCGGCCACUCCAAGGGCUACGGCUUCGCCGAGUACAUGAAGAAGGACUCGGCCGCGCGCGCCAAGUCGGACCUGCUGGGCAAGCCGCUGGGCUCGCGCACCCUCUACGUGCACUGGACAGACGCCGGGCACCUGACGCCGGCGCUGCUGCACUCCCGCUGCCUCUGCGUGGACCGCCUGCCCCCCGGCUUCAGCGACGUGGACGCCCUGCGCCAGGCGCUGUCGGCCGUCCACACGCCCACCUUCUGCCAGCUGGCGUGCGGCCAGGACGGGCAGCUGAAGGGCUUUGCGGUGCUGGAGUACGAGACGGCCGAGAUGGCGGAGGAGGCGCAGCAGCAGGCCGACGGGCUGGCCCUGGGGGGCAGCCACCUGCGCGUGUCCUUCUGCGCCCCGGGCCCCCCUGGCCGCAGCAUGCUGGCUGCGCUCAUCGCCGCCCAGGCCACGGCCCUCCACCGGGGCAAGGGGCUCCUGCCCGAGCCCAGCCUCCUGCAGCUGCUCGGCAACCUGGGCCCGUCCGCCUCCCUCCAGCUGCUGCUCAACCCGCUGCUGCAGGGCCACGCCAGCGGCAAGCAGGGCCUCCUGGGCGCCCCUCCAGCCAUGCCGCUGCUCAAUGGGCCUGCCCUGUCCACCGCGCUGCUGCAGCUCGCCCUGCAGAACCAGGGCCAGAAGAAGCCUGGAAUCCUGGGAGACUCGCCCCUCGGGGCACAGCCAGCCAACCCCCUCCUCGGGGAGGUGUCUACAGGGCUCCGCAGCAAUAGCCUCAGAGGCCUGCAGAAAGAUGGGGGGCCACCGAAUACUGGGGCCUCGCUGCUGGGGGAGCCCCCGAAAGACUACCGGAUCCCCCUGAACCCCUACCUGAAUCUGCACAGCGUGCUCCCAGCCAGCAGCCUGGCGGGUAAGGAGGCCCGCGGCUGGGGAGGCGCCGGAAGAGGCCGCCAUCCAGCUGAGGGCCCCCCGCCUAACCCCCCGGCCCCCAGAGGCGGGGGCGGCAAAGCCUUCCAGCUCAAGUCCCGCCUGCUCAGCCCCCUCGCCAGCGCCCGCCUGCCCCCUGAACCCGGACUGCCUGACAGCUAUGGCUUUGACUACCCCUCGGUGGAGGGCCCGGACUCCUGGAGGCCAGCGCGGCGGUGGAGUUCAGCCCAGAGCAGUUUGGCGCGGACCCCACCCCGACGUGCUUCUCCCGCUUUGAUUCAGGACGGGGGGCCUCGGCGGCUCUUCAGCCACCCACGAGAACCAGGCUUCGGCCAACACAGACCCAGCCGCCACAAGAUGUCGCCCCCGCCCGGGGGCUUCAGCGAGCGGAGUGGCGGGGGCGGCGGGGGGCCUCUGUCUCACUUCUACUCCGGGUCACCCACGUCCUACUUCACCAGCGGCCUGCAGGCCGGCCUCAAGCAGAGCCACCUCAGCAAGGCGGUCGGCUCCUCCCCACUGGGCUCCAGUGAGGGGCUCCUGGGCCUCGGCCCUGGGCCCAAUGGUCACAGCCACCUGCUGAAGACCCCACUGGGCGGCCAGAAACGCAGCUUUGCCCACCUGCUGCCCUCGCCCGAGCCCAGCCCGGAGGGGAGCUACGUGGGCCAGCACUCCCAGGGCCUCGGCGGCCACUACGCGGACUCCUACCUGAAGCGGAAGCGGAUUUUCUAGGGGGCUGGCACCGGACGAGCCGCAGGGCCCGCACCAAAUCACUUUUGGGUUUUCUGGUGUUUCGUUUUGUGUUUUUUUUUUUUUUUCCUUUGGAAUUUUCUUUCUUUCGGUAAUAGAGAAAUCUCGGAAAGACUGCUGAGCAGCUGGCCGGAGCCCAGGGGGCAUGGGGGCGCCCGGGGCCUGCUCCCCGCGCUGAAACCCCGCAGCCUUAAGAGAGAGGGGCCCCCCGCCCUCCCCCCUGAUCGGGCCUUUCCAGUGCCUUGGAGGUCCCGGCCUCCCGUGAGGAGCAGACUGUCCCCUCACCCCCCUUCUUAACUCCGACAAUUGACUUCGGUUUCCUUUUCUGAUUUUUAUUAUUUUUUAAACCAUCCAGGGCGCCCCCCACCCCACCCCACCCCCCAGCUCUGAUCCUUCUAGGUCCGGCCCGUCUGGGCCUCCAUUCCACACGUUGCAGUUUGAAACCGCUCGGCCCUGCCCUCUUCCCCACGUCCACUGUGGGCACGGCUGUCUCCUGGCCCUUGCCUGCCCGCUCUGGCCUGUGCCCCUCUCCCGUCCCCGUCCGCACCACAAGUCCCCGCGCCUUCUGAUGCCUUAACGCCGGGCCGCAGGCCGGCGGCCAGAGCCUCUUGACUCAGGACCAAACAGCUCUGGCCUGGGGAUGGGCCCCCUGGACUCGCGGGCUCCACCCUGGGGACAGGAGAAGGCCAAAGCUUUGGUCUUGGCAAAGCACCCCCACCUCCCCUCCCACCCAGGCCCGGGUGCAGUCCCCCUGCUGUGUGUGGAAGCUGGCCCCCCCCCCCCCUCCGUGCCCGCCUCACUGAGCCGCCGCCAUCCCCCCUUGUGGAAGACAAGCCCAUCUGGAUCCCCAGGCUGGAGCCCGGAGCUGGCCUCCUUUUGGCCCAGUGCCGGAAGCCAACGAACGCCGCGCCGACGGGCCCUGCACCUGCGCACCAGCAGGACCUGUCCCACCUGAGUGACCCCGGGGCCUGCCCCUGGCCUGCUGGGCCGCCAGCUUCCCUCUGGGGGACCCCCCCAACGAUGUCCUCUCCCCUACCUUCCCACACAGACCUUUGCUGAAUUAAAGUUUGUAAGUAAACGGUUUUAAAGAAA